AUGAAGGAAAGGGUUGUUCUGCAUUUCCGCCCGUGUCCUUGCAAAAAAGCGGGGCGGUUAACCGGGUUCCGCGACCGAAUAAAACUAAACACCAAUUAUGAAUGGGAUAGGAUACUAUUCUUCCUUCCCUUCCUAUAUCUAUCUAGAUAUGUUCGAAAUUCAUUUCUUCUCAAUAUUAGUGUUUGUCUAUCCAUCUCUCUCUAUUCAAAUUUAUCUAUCUAUCUAUCUAUCUAUCUAUCUAUCUAUCUAUCUAUCUAUUCAAAUUUGUCUGUCUAUCUAUCUAUCUAUCUAUCUAUCUAUCUAUCUCAUCUGUCUAUCUAUCUAUCUAUCUAUGCCAUCUGUCUGUCUAUCUAUCUAUCUAUCUAUCUAUCUAUCUAUCUAUGUCAGUCUAUUCAAAUCUAUCUAUCUAUUGUGGUCUGUUUUAUCUACCUCUCUCUAUCUACCUAUUUUCAUUUAAAACUCUAA